CCUUACAUGCAGCAAAAUGGGCGGGGUCUUCAGAGUAUCAGUUUGACUGCUUCUCUACCGCUCACUUAGAUUAGCUGUAGGGGCAGUCUGACGGAAACACGAAAGUCCUCGAUAAUUUGGAAGCACACUCUUUUGAGAGAUGGCUGCAAUCAGGAAGAAACUGGUGAUAGUUGGGGAUGGAGCGUGUGGGAAGACAUGUCUGCUUAUUGUCUUCAGCAAGGAUCAGUUCCCAGAGGUCUACGUCCCCACUGUGUUUGAGAACUACAUUGCUGACAUUGAAGUUGAUGGCAAACAGGUGGAGCUUGCAUUGUGGGAUACUGCUGGCCAGGAAGACUAUGACCGACUGCGACCUCUCUCUUACCCAGACACAGAUGUUAUCCUUAUGUGCUUUUCCAUAGACAGUCCCGACAGUUUAGAGAACAUUCCAGAGAAAUGGACACCUGAAGUGAAACACUUCUGUCCAAACGUCCCGAUCAUCCUCGUGGGCAACAAGAAAGACCUUAGGAAUGAUGACCACACACGCAGAGAGUUGGCCAAAAUGAAACAGGAACCAGUGAAGUCUGAGGAGGGCAGAGAUAUGGCCAACCGCAUUGGUGCCUUUGGCUACCUGGAGUGUUCAGCCAAAACCAAGGACGGUGUACGGGAUGUGUUUGAGAUGGCCACCAGAGCAGCUCUGCAGGUCCGCAAACGCAAGAAGAGAAGCGGCUGCCAGCUGCUGUGAGAGUGCAGAGUGUGUUGGCCAGUCGGCACCUGAGGGAGGACUCUCCCAUACACACACAACAAACUUUUGAGAAACAGUAAAUCAGUGGCUUCCAUGGACUCUACUUACUUUAAAAAAAAAAAAAAAAGUUUCCUCAAUGACACGCGGUAAUUGCUUAAUUCUUGUUUUGUUU